CAAUGUACGGUACGAGUGGUUGAUAUACACCUAAGGGAUUGUAUACAACUGGGGUAUAUACGAAUUCCCGUCUAUUAUUAGAUAAAACUUGGAUUAUCAUGACCCAUACUAUGAAAUGUUAGAUUUGGAAUAACCACCGUUGUGAUAGGUAGCAGGUCAUAAUAAAGAUGUCUUCUUUAAAUUGUUGAUGAUAUGAAGUGGAGGGUGUAGUAGAAGUGUCAUCGACUGCCAUGUUGAAGCAGUUGAUUAGUGUGUCUGUUUAUGUUUUUAGUUCAAUAUGGCGUAUCGAGAGGUACAUAUUCCACCCACUACAACCCAGAUUAUACGUCGGCAGAGUAUGGAAACGUACAUGAUUCGGAUUUACAGUGGUCCGCUCAGUCAGGAAAGUGAAUAUGUCUCCGUAGAGGCAGAAAAAAAUACUUGUGCCAUUGACAUAACCCGAGUCGCGGUACAAAAAUUGAAAUUAGGCAAAAGUGAUAAUUAUGAAAUAGCUGAAGUCUUUAUUUCUGGCGACCAGUUGUGCAAAGAACGGAGAUUAGAAGUCAUGGAUACACCAGUCGGAAUUCAACUUCUCUGGCCGAAGAUCAUUAAUGCGGAUAUCGACAGGGGUCAAGGUCUAUUGACAGGUUACAGGUUUUAUUUGCGGAAAAAAGAUCCUGAAGUUUCUUGUACAUCAGGAUGGGUAGAAUGUAAAGACACAGAUAGGUUUUUAAUAUCUUUUCUCAACCAACCAAAAGGAAACAAGGAAUAUACAGAUUUGUGUAAUUUGCCAAAUCUCAAUGAGAUGACAUUGUUGGAAAAUUUGAAAUCUAGAUUUAAGAAUGAUAAUAUUUAUACCUACGUAGGAUCUAUUCUUAUUGCUGUGAACCCCUUUAAAUUUUUCCCCAUCUAUAAUCCCAAGUAUGUCAAAAUGUAUCAAAACAGAAGGCUGGGGGAGUUACCUCCCCAUAUAUUUGCAAUUGCGGAUGCAGCCUACUAUACCAUGUUACGGACUAAAAAGAAUCAGUGUAUUGUGAUAUCGGGAGAAUCGGGCUCGGGUAAAACGGAGAGUACAAACUUAUUAUUACAUCAUCUUACUGCAUUAAGUCAUAAAGGAUUACAUGGAAGUGGUGUGGAACAAACUAUUUUGGGAGCUGGACCUGUUUUAGAGGCUUUUGGUAACGCCAAGACAGUACACAAUAACAACUCCAGUCGAUUUGGCAAGUUUAUUCAAGUCAACUAUAAAGAAAAUGGAAUGGUCCAUGGUGCUAUUGUUGAAAAAUAUUUAUUGGAGAAAUCAAGAAUUGUAUCACAGGCUAAAAAUGAAAGAAAUUACCAUGUAUUCUACUACCUACUGGCUGGAGCUGAUGAUACUGAGAGACAUUCCUUACAUCUGACAAAACCUGAAGAAUAUAACUAUCUUUCAUGUAGUAAUUGUGUGAUUCUUGAAGGAACAGAUGAAAAAUAUGAAUUUGCUCGACUUAAACAGUCCAUGGAGAUGGUGGGAUUUUCUCCAGAAACACAAAGAAGAAUUUUCAGUGUUUUAUCUGCUGUUCUCCAUUUGGGUAAUAUAGAAUUUAAAAAGAAAGGAGAUCAACACCAUGAUGAAUCUGUAUCAAUUAAAAAUGAAGAUACAGUAGAAAUAAUCUCUAACUUACUUAAGGUGAAAGAGAAAACUGUGAUAGAUGCUUUGACUCAGAAAAAAACAAUAGCUGGUGGAGAAACAGUGGUUAUUAAUUAUAAAAUGGAAGAUGCAAUAUCUACCCGAAAUGCCAUGGCUAAAUGUAUAUAUGGUGCCUUGUUUGAUUGGAUUGUAUUGAAAGUAAACCAAGCAUUAUUGGCCAAGAAACAUAACAGCGAUCACCAGGGUAAUUCAAUAGGAGUUCUAGAUAUAUUUGGGUUUGAAGACUUUGGAACCAACAGCUAUGAACAGUUUUGCAUAAAUUAUGCAAAUGAACAUCUCCAGUAUUAUUUCAAUCAGCAUAUAUUUAAGUUUGAACAGGAAGAAUAUCAGAGAGAAGGAAUACAGUGGAAGAAUAUAGAAUUUAUAGAUAAUACUCGUUGUUUAGAACUAUUCUCUAGUAGACCAAAAGGUUUAUUUUGUCUUUUGGAUGAAGAGUGCAAUUUUCCAGGUGCUACCAAUGAAACAUUAUUGUCAAAAUUCACUCAUGUUCAUAAAGACAAUGUGUAUUAUAAUGUCCCUACGCUAAGAGAAUCAGCAUUUGUUAUCAUGCACUACGCAGGAAAAGUUAAAUAUCAGACGAAGGAUUUUCGAGAGAAGAAUUCUGAUCAAAUAAGAACAGAUAUUGUUGGGGUCUUAAAGAAGAGUAGUUUAUCUUUUGUCCGUGAAUUAAUGGGUAUUGAUCCAGUUGCUGUUUUACGGUGGGCAAUAGUUCGGGCAUUUUUCCGUUGCUUCUUUGCUUUCUUAGAUUCUGGUAAAAAAUGGAGAAAGCAUGGAGAGGGGGCAAAUGUAAUUGCCAAGAAAAGAUUAUCUGACACUCAGCUUCUACAAGACCAGAACGAUGGCUUGCUCAACGGCACUAAUGACCCCAAUAGUCAACCUUUGUCUGAUUUGCAUGGAAACGCAUGUGACCAAAUGGAUAGUGAUGAUGAUGUGUUUGUCAAGAGGCAUGGUCCAAAUGGCGAUGUUAUUGACAAUCUGAUAUUAUCAACAAAUCUAGAGAAUAAUUUACCUGAAGCCGAGGCCAAACAUAUCCGUCGUGCUAGAAAACUUAUAUCGAGAAACAAAUCAUUUAAACCUAAGCCAAGGCCACCGUCUUUGAGUUUUCGUGAUAUAAAAACAUUAAAGGCUAUUGCGGGUAGGUCUACAUAUGGAGGUGGAGGAUAUGCUUCUAAACGACAACCACCCAGUGUCAGUGCACAGUUUCAGUGGUCUUUAUCUCGGCUGAUGCAAACAUUGAAUCAAGCAAAUCCAUUCUUUAUUAGAUGCAUAAAAUCAAAUGCUGAUAAGGCUGCGUGUGAUUUUAAUGAAGAAAUAGUUUUACGUCAGUUAAGAUAUACUGGAAUGCUAGCCACAGUGAAAAUACGACAGUCCGGUUACAACUAUAGAUUAACUUUUGAGGAAUUUAUCCAGUUAUACAAAAUUCUACUUCCUCGAGGUCUGGUUAGUUCUAAAGAAGAUGUUAAAAAUUUUCUAGAAAAUAUGGAAUUAAGUCUAGAACAUUACCAAAUAGGUAAAACCAAGGUAUUUUUACGAGAGAGUGAAAAAAUGUUAUUAGAUGAAGCAUUACACAGAGCUAUAAUGGAGAGGGUUGUACGAAUACAGAGAUGGAUGAAGAGUUAUUUAGAAAGAAAAUUGUUUAUUCGACUUAGAUGGGCUAGUCUAAUUAUGCAGAAAUAUGUUAGAAGAUUUUUGGCUGUAAAGAAGUUGAAUCGUUUACGACUAGAGGAUGAAUCAACUCAGACUAUACAGAGAUAUUAUCGUGGUUAUAAAACUCGUAAAUGGUUUAAUAAAACAUUAGAAAAUGUGAUAACUUUACAAGCCCACAUCAGAUCUUUUCUGGCACAAAAACAGUUCCAGAGAUUACGAGAAGAAAAAGAAAAACAGAGAUUACUGGAUGAACAAAGAGCACAAAAACGUCUUGAAGAUAUGCAAUCAUCUACUAGUGAUGAAGGUGUUUUGAUGAAAGGUUCCAGUGCAGAAGAAUUAGAAAUAGGAUAUGGUCCAGUAGAAAGAAGGGAUUCAGAAGCGAGUAGCGGAAUAUUAGCUGAUUCAGAAAACGAUACGCUAGAACAUGAGGUCAACUCCCGUGGUGGUCUGAAGCCUGUAUUUAUAGAACAAUCUCCUGUUAUUAUAAAAGAUAUUAAAAAUGAUACACCAAAAAGCCAAAAAAGUGUUCAAGAAAUUGCUUCAAAAUUCCAAAAUAAAGAUGAGACUGAUGGCAGAAGUAUUUUAUUACGCCGAGGAUCUAAAAGAGGACAACGCCCUGCAGUAGCUCCGCUAGCAAAACAAGAAUCAUUUUCAGAUUUGGAACCAUCUCCAAGCCCUACCAAUUCUGGACCAAACAUUGUACAUGUACUUUCUCCAGAACAACGGGCAGAAGCAAUAAGAGCUGCAAGUGGACAUGCAGCAGCAGUGGAAAAAAUGCAGAAUAAACUGCAAGAACCUGAUAAAAGUGAAACACAGAAGGAGAAGAGUCCAAUGAAAGCUGCACUUAAGAAAAUGUUAGGAGAUUUUAAAGAAGUUGGAGCUUGUGGUACUUCUUAUUAUUUGAUUCGACAUUUGUCUUUAAAACGCAGUGUCAGCCGUCGAAAGAAAAAAGAUGCACCGGAUAGUGAUGAAGAGGAUGAACAAGCACAAAAUACUAAACGUCCUCAAGAUUAUGGAAAUUUUCGUUAUGCUAUCUAUGGAAUGGGAGUAUCUGUUCUUCCUCCAAUACCGAACAAAGUUCCUCCACCCCCACGAUCACCAGGGAAAAAAGAUGAAUUCUUAGCCAAUGAUAUCAAACAUGGAUGGCGUCAACAAGAUGGAAAGAAGAAACGCAAGAAUCAUAGACAAUCUCAGAAACAAAAGCAACAGCAAGAAGCACAACAGAGUAGUAUGAGUAUAAACAGUACAUCACAAUGGCAGUAUGCAGCUGAUCUCGUUAUCCGAGAUAUCCAGGAUGUUAUAGCAUUGGAUGAAUUUGUGGGUAAAAAGUAUAUGGAACUGUUUAAAGAUAGUGAAAAAAGAAGUUAUACAAUAUUUGAUAAGAUUUUCAAAGGUGCUAUAGAAGAUUUUAGAAAAGAAUUAAAAGCUUUAAUAGGAGUAGAAAUGCAGCGUGAUGAAGUCAGUGUGAAGUACAGGGAUUUAUUGAGUAAUUUUGAACAAGUUCUAAAAGCAAGAGUCAUUAAAGAAAGGACAACGGCAACAUUCCCAGUUACCAUGGGAAUAAAUGCAUUCCAUGCCUUCCUUGAUGGCUUCAUGAAGGCCCAUCCAAAGAAAAAAGAAAAGAAAGAAGAGAAAAAGACAGAAGCAAAACAUUUCAAGCGUGAUAAGAAAAAAGAUAAUAGUUGUACAGUUGAUCAUCUUGGUCAUAAGUUUUUACAGGUUCAGUUUAACAUUCCUACUUUCUGUGAAUUGUGUUCCUCUUUAAUAUGGAUUAUGGAAAAAGGACAAGUUUGUCAAAUAUGUAAAUACACUUGCCAUAAGAAAUGUUGUACUAAGUCCAGUGCUUCAUGUAAGGGUACAUUGGAAAACAAGGGCGCCACUGGUGCAUUUUUAAAUGUUCCAUUGCAGUCCAUGAUUGGUAAAGAUCAAAAGAUACCUCCUAUUGUUGAAAAAUUAAUCAGUGCUAUAGAAUUGCAAGGAAUGUUUACUGAAGGUAUUUACAGAAAAUCGGGAUCGGCACCUAAAGUACGAAGUCUUAUUCAAGAUAUCGAUGCCAAUGCUAGUGGUGUGGAACUAGAAAAUUAUGCAGUUCAUGUUCUAGCAACAGUUCUUAAACGAUUCUUCCGUGAUCUACCUGAACCUUUAAUGACCUUUGACCUCUAUGAUAAUUUCCUCAUGGCAGCUGAAAUAAAAGAUGAUAAAGAGAGAUUACAGACAUUAUCUAAUGUGAUAGAAGGUCUCCCGAAACCAAACUAUGAUCUCUUUGAACGUUUAAUCUUUCAUUUGUCUAGGAUUGCCAUGCAUGAAGAUAGUAAUAAAAUGUCAGCUCCAGCUUUAGCUAUUAUAUUUGCACCAUGUUUAUUACGUAGUAACAAAAAAUUUCAAGCGCAAGAAUGUUUACAACAAGUUCCAAGACAAAAUCUAUGUUUAGAAAAUAUUAUAACAGAGAGAUUGAAGAAAUUAAAAUCAACAUUUAACGAUAUCAAUACUCUAGAAUCUGCUGAGAAAACAGCCACAGAUAGAUUAACAUAUCUUAGAGCUAGUAUUCGAUCCCCAAAAUCUCGGCCAGUAUCUCGUCAUGACCCCCUACCACCAAUUAAAGACAAAAUUGAUGGUGAAGAAGUAGAAGAUGAAGAAGUAGAAGAAUUAAAAGAAGAAGAAAGAGUUUUAUCAGCACAAAUAGCAUCUAUUCAUCAAGAAAGGGAAAAUUUGACAUCUACCUUACCAAUGUUAGAUUUCCGACAAGGUAGCUCUGAUGAAGACAUGUUAACUGGUGAUGAAUUUGAAAGCUCGUUUGAUCCCAUGGAUGAACGAGAUGAUUUUUAUGAAGAAUAUGCUGUAACCUUUGACCUUCCAGUUGUACCUCCAGGAUUGCAAUAUCCUAAUAAAAGACGUGCAGCAGUACCCCAUAAAAGACCACCAAAGAAAUAUUCUUCCUUUUUCGCUCGAAGUGAUUCACGUACAGAAUCAUUUGAUAGUGUAGAAGAGGAUUACACUGAUUGUUCAUCAGUAGGUAACAAUCAAAUAACAGUUGAAGCAAGAAAUGUGACUAAACCUCACGCUACAAAAGAUGAUGGUGAAAUCAUGGUUUGAAACUGAUGACAAUAUUCAUGCAGAUGGGCUUUCAAAAUUCUCUUGUUUUUUCUAUGUGUAGGAUGAAUGUUGAGUGAUGCGGUUCUUUGACUCGUUCGUUUGUCUGUUAAACUAAGAAUGGAAUCAUGGGAUACACAGGGCUUUCAUAAACUAAUACUUUGUUCCUGUUGAUUUUAGUGUAUCUAAAUUUGACCGUGUUUUAGUUCUUUGCGUCUGGUGAAAAUGGACGGCCGCAGGCGGACUAAUAGCCGGCUGAUAACUAAUAUGUUUGUUGUUGAAGCUUGUUUGAUGAUUUACAGAUUAACAUAUGUUUGUUGCUUAUAUAAUUUGACAGUGAUUAUUAUAGUGCUUUGAGGAAUAGUUAAUUUAACAAUAAGAUCGUGCCAAAUAUGGAAACCACAAGAAACUAAGGAUGACAAGUAGAAGAAUUUGAAAUCUGUGGAAUGAAAAUGGAAUUAAAUCUCUUAAAGAGUAUUUUCAAAAUCUACUCAGUUCUGUAGAAAUGUUUUGUUCUUAUUUUUAACUUCUUUAAUAAUUACAAUUGAGUGCUUUUUAUACGCCCACAUUUGAUAUGGGAGAAUAUUGUUGUAACCCCUACCUGUCAGUCUGUCCAUCCAUCCAUCCACAAUAAACACUCUACAGAUCAGAGUUUUUGACAUUUGUUUUUCAAACUUGCUGGGACUGUUUGUAUAUUCUUAAAGAGAAACCUUAUUAAAAUUGAGAGUCAUUCAGGGAAUUUUCUCAGAGUUACUGCCUCUGUCACUGAAACUUUGUAAAUGCUCUAUAGUUCCAGAGGAGUUUUGGCGGUUUUUUUCAAACUUAAUGGUAUUCUUUAGCUAAUUAUAGAAAUAAUUCGAUUGAAAACCGACUGGUGUGUGUAUAAAUUGUUGCCUGGCAACUCUGUUAUUUAUAUGUAAGUAAAUGUAUUAAAUUAAUUUAUUCUGAAAAUACAUAUCAAACUCUUUGUUCUUUAAUUUUAGAAUUAGUUUGAUUUUUUUGCAUGAUACAACGAAUUGAAUUGUUAAUUUCUGUAAGCAUCCUGCUUAAACAUGAUACAUGCUUGUCUGUUUACAAGGUUGGAAGUGAUAAUUUGUUUUAUAGAAAAUGCUUGCAAGUCCAUAAUUAAAAUUUUUACAAAAUAAAUAGAAGAAAAUUUUUUUGGUUCUUGAUACAUGGAUUACUUAUUAGUGACAUAUUCAAGAGAUUUACAUAAUAGAUAAACCUGUAUACAUCAUGUAGAUAAAUAUAAAUAAGCAAUAAUAAAGUAUUUUUAGAAUAAUUGUAUUUUAUAUGUAGUCAGUAUAGUUGAAUUCGUAUUUUAUAUAUUUUUUGAGAAUGAAAAAUUACUUAGUGAUCAAAACUUUAUCAGUAUGAAAGUGUUCUCAAAGGUUUGAAAUCCAGAGACUUGCCUACAAUAUUUGGAAUCAAACAUAUUAAUAAAUGCAAUAAAUACUUUGAGCUUCAACUAGAAAUUUUAGAGAUAUAUUCUGUUUGAAACUUCAGCUUCGAUUAAAUCUUUAUAAUUCAGUGGUGCCUAUGAUGGUAUUGAAUUAAAAUAUUCCUUUUUUUAAAAAAAAAAACCAAUAAACAAUGAUUAGGUAAAUCAGUAGAUAAAAGUGCAGCAUUGAAAAAAGGGUUAUGCCAUUAAUAUAAUUUUCCAUAUAACUUUUAUAGUAAUAGUUUUAGUGAAUGAAAAUCUGCUACUUAAAAUUCAACUUUUAAAGUUAAGUAAGGCCUAUAUUAUUAUUAUAAAGAGUGUCAUAAUGAGAAAUUUGGAUUAGAAUAAUAAUCCUUUUUAUUAUUCCUGAAUUUACUAGCUUCUAUAAUGACUUUUGGUGGAUGAAAGUCGAAUGGCUCAGCAAACCUAUUUCAUACAAUCUUUAUAUGUACAUUGUAAUACACUGUUUCUUUAGAAAGCAUAGCUUUCUUUGGUUGUAUUAACUGCCAAUAGCUGAACCAGACACUUAUUUGUUAGAAAUUACAAAAUAAUAACUUGACUAAACUAUGUUAGAGAAUUACUUUAUUUUAUAUUCAGGCCAGUAAAAGAUCUGAAGAAAGUCUUGAUAGAAUGUUAGAAAACAGAUCAAGGGUGGUAUUUAUGGCUUUCGUCUUAAGUAUAGUAUUUCUUUCUGUCCUUGUUUGGUAGGUCUUACACAAUGUAGCUUGCUGUUAUACUCUUAAAGCCCUUGUUUAAUGCAAAAUAAUUUUAGUAAUUGAGAUAGACAUAGUUUUAUAGCUAUUGUAGAUCUAUUUAUUAAAGUUGUAUUUGUUAUCUAGUCAAAAUCUAAAGGGUUAUGACAUUUUGUAUACUUUUGUUUUUAGAAAGUACCAUUUGCUGCAUCAAAACCAAAUCUGUUCAUGGCCAUUCCUGUACAUUGUACCUCAAUCUCAUAAAAACUGCAAAGUAAUCCAUUUUCAUGUAAUAAGGAAGUCACAGGCUUGUAUUUUUUAUCUGUAUAUACGUAUCUAGAUCAUUAUAACAAAUUUUUAUAGCAAUUUGUAGGGGACAAUUUUGUCCUGAUAUAAUUAAUAAGUUCUGGAAUGCUAUUCAUAUGUAUAAGGUCAUCAAAUCAUAUUAAUAAUAUUUGUAUGAGAAUAGGAAUUUUUAAGAUCCCUGAAGACAUUACUCAAAAUCAUAUAGGUAUAAUAUAUACUAGCAACAUGUAAUAUAUUUCAUAUACUCUUGUAUUCUGAUUUUUAAAUUCCGAAGUUGCAAAACUGGAUCUAUUAGUCACUGCAAAUUCUACAUUGGUCACUGACGAAGAAACAUCUUUAGUAAUUUAAAUAUAUACUACUAAAUGAUCAAAUGUCAAAAUAAUAAUCAAAAUCUAUAGAAAAUGACUACUAAAUUACAAUGCUAUUAAGUAUAUUUUUGAGGAAGAUGCAUGUUUAAAACAAUGUAGAUGUAUUCAGCCAAGUAAUACAUAUUCUUCAAUAUUAGCAGUCUACAAGUUAGUGAUACUUACUUAAUGAAUAAUGUGUAUUAAGUGACUACUUCCUGAAUGCUAUUUUGGCGAUAGGUAGGUAAGGGUUUGUUGACAUUUAAUAUUUCUAACCAUUUGUUAUAUUUUAUUAAAGUGACAACUAUUUAAAUCAUUAUUCAUCCUUCUAUUAACUAUUUACCAUCUAUUAUUUUAACCAAACCAACUGUCACCACAUCUCCCAAAUUGGGAAUCUGGAAAGAGCAAUGUUUAUAGUAAAGUAAAACUUGCUAGGUUUGAUGUGCAGAAAUGUAUUGUUUUCAUAGUAAAUGCUUUAUAUAAUAUCCAUUUAAUUCCUGUUGAAAGCAUUCAUUUUAUAAUUAAUUUAAUUAAAGUUACCUGUUGUAAUUUAGUUUAAUGAAUUAUAACAUGUGUUAUUUAAUACUUUGUAAAUAUGUUAUUAAUUUAAACUUAUGCCUACCUUCCAUUGUCAUAACUUUAAAUACAUUUAAAUAUGUAUAUAAUAUAAAUCAUCACCAGCAUAUUACUAUAUUACCUUCAGAAUAGAUAUAUCAUAAUUAGCUUAGAUACAUUUAUUUAAAAGCCAAUAUGAAUAAUACACAUUUAGUAUUGGACUUCUUAGUUUUGAGAUAAAUACACACUCUUUAUUCUAUUUUAUUUGUUUGGUUAAAUAUUCCCCAAGUUUACAAAAAAAACUAAUUUCUGACAUGAUGACAUUUACUUUUAAUUCAGCGCUCUUACUUUUCAUUUUCCUAGCCAUUCAGUCAGGAUGUUGUAAUAAUCUGACAUGAAAUCUUUUAAUGAAUAUCCAAGAUGUCAUCAAUAUUUUAAUCUUCCUAGUAAAGCUUGUGUAUUGCUAAAUGUAUUAUUAUUAUGAUUGUGCCUAAUAUUUAGCUUAUUAAUACUUUUAAUAAGAAAUUUAAUAUAAAUUAUUCCUUUUUUCACAAUACUCCUUUCUGUUGUUGCCAGCUUUUGUACAUACAUAUAAGAUAAUAAUAUACUAUUUUUAUCAUUGUGUAAAUAAUCACUAAUAUUAUACCUGCCAUAAAAUGCUGUGUAAGCUAAAAACAAGAUCAUUAAAAUAUCAAUAUAAAACUAA